GGUAGUCGUUCGAGGCUUUGAGAAAGAAACACGGUCAAAAAUGCAUUCGUCGCUCGGCCGUUUGGCCUGCCUGUCCUUCGCAAUCAGUGCUGCCUUGGCUCAGUCGACGAGCGUCGAAACUCCGCCGGCGCCAGAUCUAGCAGAAUGGAGUGUCGCAUGUCCGCCGGCGCCGACGGUGUUCAUUAGCGUUACUGAAACUGAAUAUGUGCCGCUCACUUCCACCACCACCGCUUCUUACCACGACACAACCACGCUGCCAAUCACCAUAUUCCAGACCAUCAUCUCAACCACGGUCUUGACCACGACCGAGAUAGUGACGGAAACAUCGACGACUGUCUCGAUUACUCCUACUACGGCGACAUUGAUUGAGACAUCAACUACGCUCUCAAUUAGCCCUACGACUGACACGCUAACGGAAACGUCCGUCACCGUCUCCAUCAGCCCUACAACGGCUACUGCCACCUUGACGGAAACAUCGAUCACAGUUUCCAUCAGUCCGACUACUGACACACUGACCGAGACAUCCGUCACAGUUUCCAUCAGUCCAACCACCGACACCCUGACCGAGACGUCCAUCACCGUGUCCAUCAGCCCUACCACUGCCACGGACACCUUGACGGAGACAUCGACCACCGUCUCGACGACCCCAACGACAGAGACAGCGACCGAAAUCAUCUCCUUGUACUCGGUUACCUCUCAGGCGACCAGCAUAACACUAUGUCCAACCCGAAUCGCCAACCCGACCUUCACCGCGCUUGGACCGUACCCCACCGACUGGACAUGGGGUUGUCCUCCUGGUUGGCUCUGCAAGCCUCUUCAGGAGAACUGCAAUUUCGAGGCCGGAAUCCCCGACCAAAACUUUUAUUGCAGUCCGAAUGAGUGCAUUCCUGCCAAUGCGUUGCCGUCACCGCUACCGACGUGGGACCUGGACAUCUAUGGAAAUGUCACUCCGGCCACGGAUCCCUCCCUCCACAUCAACGCCAUCCAGGAUUACUUCAACAUGAAUCCGACAGACUUCGGGCUGACCUAUGAGAUCUUUGUCGUGAACGAGGUCUUCACUCUCACCACCACAAUCUUGCUCCCCCCGAGUCCCACCGUCGCCGCCAGGCAGGCGCAGACCAGCAUCCCAGGCGCUUGUUAUCCUUGGUGCAACAACUGUCUACUGGAAGCUCAAGCAAAAGGAAAGACGUCGGCACUCUGUGUCCCCGGCUCGGCGUUUGAAGUAUCUCUGGUGCAAUGCGAGCAGUGCAUUGACUACCACAAGUCCGACAACAGCGGCAGCUUUGUGGAGAUUGCACCACAGUUCCAACAAUUCCUCGACUACUGCGACCAGUUCUCGACCGUUGCCGUCACCACCUCCGUCGUAGCGACCACGACCAACGCCGCAGGCUCCACCUACAGCACGUUGAGCGGAACGCUGUCAACGACCGUGAUCCCAACGAGCUCGCCACCUCCGUCAUCGCCCGCCACCCAUCCGACGUCGGUGGUGACAAUAGUUAGCUCAACGGCAACCCCGACAUCGGCAUCUCAGCCGUACACCACGACAGCAAUCGUCCUGACAACCAGUUAUUCACACGUCACGGUCUCCGGACCGGCGUGGUCGCAGGUCACCAUUUUCCUGCCCCUGAGCGACAACAGCACCACCACAGUGUACGGAACCGACCUCAAGAGCGGCGGAGCCACGCUUGUUCUGCCCACCUCGCCGACGACAGCCAGUCACACCACAACAAUGACGGUGACUCCGGGCGAGGAGGUGUCGAGUGGCUCGAUCGUCACCGCGAGCACUUCCUCGGGGCACGCCUCGACCACCUCGGGCUCUUCUGACGCCUCGGGGACGACGAGUGGAUCGCCGUCGGCUUUCACCGGCGCUGCCGCCGCGCUCAGACCCGCGUCGACGGACACGCCGUUGCGGUCGACCUUGCUCGGGUUUGUGAUUGGUUUGGCAUUCAUGCUCGUGCUGCUGUAGAGGCGGCUCCAUUUUCUGCCGGCGCCGAAAAGAGCCUUCUCUCGACGAAUUUUCUUUUCACCGUUCGUUUCUCCGAUUCUGAGAAAAUGAGAUUCAUGGACGCACUCACACUCACGUACACGUACACGCUACCCGAUAUAGAAAGUCCCUGCCCCCCGAAAGGAAAAGUAAGGGGAGAGAAUCUUUGUAAUUAAUUCGGCCUCACAGCCCGACCACUAUUCUGGUGGUGGUUGUGGUGGAGGCGGGGGCGGAGGCGAGGAUUGUUCCGAGGGUGCUGAAUAUUCCAGCACUGGAAGAGACGGCGGAAUUUGUAUAUGAAAGGUUCACGAAUGGGCUUAAUGACGACGACGAUGAUUAUGACAGGGGAGACCGGGAGGCGGGACAGUAGCCGAAGUUGUAAGAAGUUUGAGUAGUAGUAGCUAGAUAGAUAGGCUCCAGAAUG